AUGAUAGCGGCUAUGUAAUGGAUAGAAGGAAGCAUCAUAAUCUUACGAGAGCGGGGGAGGAGAGGAUGGAUCUGCAAAGGUGAAAGUAGAUGAUUUUUGUUAGGCUUCCUCUACUACAGCUACAGCUAACCAAGCUGUUCUAACAUUCGAACCUUUCAAAGUAAAAGGGAACUCUUUCUCUCACGAACACUCACACACAAACACCGCAUUGAGCGCGUUGUCAGAGAUGACAGCAUAGAAAUUCCACCCGGUAUCCUACAUGCGUGCACAAAGCUGUAGCUGUGAUAAAAUAUAACGAACACCGGGAGCUUGGUUCGCUUCGUUGCAUGGGGGACUCACUGCAUAUCCAAAAGGCAGAGCCAGUCUCCUGACAAACAGACUAAUUCAUUUGAAUUAGUUCAUGGAUUUAAUCAUCGCCGAUGUCACGAGAUACGUAACGGAUACGGGACGGGGAUUAAUAUUACAGGCACCGAGAGUUUACACCGCGCCCGGUGUACAGACAUUCUCGGCAACGACUCUGUAUAUUAAACCGGUGCCUCGGUAACGAGACCGAGGGAGAACAUCAGUUAUUUCAGUAAGGCUAUCGUGCCAUUUCGAUAUACCAUAGUUCCGGGAUUUGAAUAGGUACGCUAUCGUAACGAUACCCACUGGGAGUCAUUAGAACAAAAAGCGCUCCUUCAAUUUUCCACGCCCGCUUCGCGGCAGCAGGUUGGGAUAAUAGCCACCACCACCAGGAUUGCACAAGUCUCCCAUUCACAUGGGCGAAGGCAGGGCUCGGUUCUGCUUUGGUUGGACCCGGGCUCGCUGUCGAGAACAAGACAAAGGUGUGUCGGACCCUGGGAGGGAACCGGAAACGCGAGAGAGAUGGGCCGAACUGUUCGACCAACUGGACCUCAAUAAAGACGGUAAAGUCGACAUCAACGAGCUGAGGAUAGGACUCGCUGCCCGCGGUUUACUUCGCAGUGACGCGGAGGAGAUAGUGCGUGAGAGUGACACCAACCAUGAUGGCUUGCUGGACUUUGAGGAGUUCUCUCAGUACCUGUGGGCCCACGAGAAGGAACUGCGGCUCAUGUUCCACACACUGGACCGCAACCAUGACGGGCGCAUUGAUGUCGGGGAGAUUCAACAAUCACUGCACAACCUGGGACUGGAGGUGUCCACAGAACACGCCAUCAAAAUACUACAGAGUAUGGACAGGGACGGCACCAUGACUAUCAACUGGAAUGAGUGGCGAGAUCACUUCCUGUUUAACCCUCUUCACAACAUGGAGGGCAUCGCCCACUACUGGAAACACUCUCUGAUGUUUGACAUCGGAGAGCACAUGACAGUGCCGCCAGAGUUUUCCCAACAAGAGCGCCAGUCGGGGGUAGUGUGGAGGCAGCUGGUUGCCGGGGCGAUGGCAGGGGCGGUGUCACGUACAGGAACCGCCCCCCUCGACCGUCUUAAGGUCUUCCUACAGGUGCAUGGCUCCAGCUCUAGGGGGAUCAACCUGUGGACAGGGCUGAGGGGGAUGGUCCAGGAGGGGGGUGUACGAGCCCUCUGGAGGGGCAACGGCAUCAACGUCCUCAAAAUAGCCCCAGAGUCUGCCAUCAAGUUCAUGGCCUACGAACAGAUCAAGUGGUUGAUCCGGGGCAGAAAUGAAGCGGGUACUCUGCGGGUGCAGGAGAGGUUCAUCGCUGGCUCUCUGGCUGGAGCCACCGCACAGACCAUCAUCUACCCUAUGGAGGUGCUGAAGACUCGUCUGACCCUGAGGAAGACUGGCCAGUACUCUGGCAUUGUAGACUGUGCCCGUCAGAUCCUGAGGAAGGAGGGGGUGCGAGCCUUCUACAGGGGCUAUGUGCCCAACACACUUGGCAUCAUACCAUAUGCUGGCAUAGACCUAGCCGUCUACGAGACUCUGAAGAAUGCCUGGCUCCAGCGGUACAGUAAAGGCUCUGCUGACCCGGGGGUGUUGGUACUGCUGGGCUGUGGUACUGUGUCUAGUACCUGUGGACAACUGGCCUCUUACCCCCUGGCUCUCAUUAGAACACGUAUGCAGGCCCAGGCCUCCACUGAGGGCGGGCCCAAGCUGUCCAUGGUCGGUCAGUUCAAGCACAUCAUAUCACAUGACGGGGUACCUGGACUCUACCGCGGCAUCGCCCCCAACUUCCUGAAGGUCAUUCCUGCUGUCAGUAUCUCGUACGUGGUAUACGAACACAUGAAGAAGGCUCUGGGUGUGAAAUCGUAGAGAGAGGAAGUGAGACAGAAGAAAGAGAGGGAUAUAGAGUGCAGCUCUUGGAUUUCAAGAUGGAGAGGAAGACAGCAGAGGAUUGAGGGAUAGAAGACAGAUUGUCCUCCCUUUUCAUACACAUUCAGUAAGCUUCCUGUUUACACCUAGCUAGACAGAUAUACUCACUGUUCGAAUCUCUCAGCCCCUCAUAACGCUGUACCGUCAUUAAGACAGAGGGAAGAGUCUGCUAUCAGGCUGAGCUGAAGUCUGUAAGAAACUGCUGUGUCCGAGACAGAUUAGGACGAGGAGGUGUGAGGGGAAGGAAUGAGAGAGAGAGAGAGAGAGAGAGAGAGAGAGAGAGAGUGUGUGUGUGUGUCUCGGCAGAAUCUGGGCCCUUCUUCCUCUUUGUUUAUGAGCUGUAAGCCCCAUUAUAGUCACAUCUCCACAAUAAGUCUGUGUGUUGCCCUCCAACCAAACACAGUGAAGCACACAGUACAGUUUGUAUACCUAUAUGUAGGCACUUAUCUAAAGUCAGUUUCAUGUUUUGUGAAUAUAAAGUGAUCUUCCUCCAAUGACCUUGACAUGUACUGUAUAUUCGCUCUUUACUACACAGCAGAAUAUGUGGGGUUGUUCCACAGUGUGCUGUUGCUAGAACACUACCAAGCCAAAGUACCCUACUCUUUAUUUCAAUAUCUCAAAGGAGAUUAGAAUUGGAUUACAUGCACUAUGUUUGUCUUCAGUUGCUAUUCUCAAAAACGUACAUUCUAAUGGGGGAGUUUCUAAAGUUCUUAAACAAGGAAACUUUUUUGACGUUUACAUGAUGUACUGUAUAUUGAUACAGUAUGUAUUUUUGUACAUACUGAACACAUUUGCAAGAGAUACUUAUACAGGGUCUUAUACAGGGUUGUAUACAGAGCUGUUCCUCCGACCUGGUCAAUGAAUGGCUUUGCACUUUUUAGAAAGGGAAUGUUUCUCCCCUAUUUCAAGUGGCGCUUAUAUACAUACAGUCAGGUUCAAAAUUAUUGGCCCCCUUGAUAAAGAUGAGCAAAAAAUACUAAAUAAUACACAUUUUGAGUUAUAUUGUCUGCUCCAAAAAAUGUAUACUAAGACAAUUACUCAGAGGAAGAGAUUUUGUUUAAAGCUAGAAUCCUAAAAUAACAAAGCAGUCAACCAAACACUUUUUUGGUAAAAAGCUGAGGGAAGGGCUUGGAGAAAUGUAACCACUCUCAAAUUCAUAGACAGCGCUAUGGAUGCAAGGACUGACCAUCAAUGAGAUGAAAAUGAUAGUUUUAACCAUGUUUUGAGGCUCUACAUUUAUAUUGUUUACAAACAUUGGAGUAAAACAAUCUUAUAUUUUGGGUUCUGAUGGGGUACGACAGUUGAACUAAGCUCAUGAGGCAUUUAUAAGUUAUAUUCUUCAAUAAUCAAUGGAUAUAUAUCAUUAAUUUAUAAGUCCAAAACUGGAUGUAGCAACUAAGGAUUCUUGCUUUAACAAGUAAAAAAACAUUAAAAAAGGGGGUCAAAUUUACUGCCACCCCUGUUUUCAUUACCGUUCAAUACCAAACCUUGCGAGGAUAACGCCACUGAGCCUUUUUCUCAAAUGUUUUAUGAGAUUGGAGAACACAUUGGGAGGGAUCUUAGACCAUUCCUCCAUACCACUGGUUUUCAAUGGGGUUCAUGUCUGGAGACUGAGAUGGCCAUUGCAAAAUGUUGAUUUUGUGGUCAAUUAAUCAUUUCUUUGUGGGUUAUCGUCUUGCUGGAAGAUUCACUUGCAGCUAGGUUUCAGCCUCCUGGCAGAGGCAACCACGUUUUUGGCUAAAAUGUCCUGUACUGGGUAGAAUUCAUGAUGUCGUUGACCUUAACAAGGGCCCCAGGACCAUUGGUAGCAACAUUGCCCCAUAACAUGAAAUAUCCACCACCAUAUUUUACAGUGGGUAUGGGGUUAUUUUCUGCAUAUGCAUUCUUUCUUUCGACUCAAAAUCCAGCACUGGUGUGCAUGGCUAAAGAGUUAUAUUUUCAUGUCGUCCAACAAAUGUAAACGCCUGGAGUUUGUUAAAUGGCAUUGGCACUUGGAUUUGAACCAGUGCUAUGGUCAGAUGACGUGAAAAUAGAGAUCUUUGGCCACACACACCAGUGGUGGGUUUUGCAUUGAAAGAAAUAUGCAUAUGCAGAAAAUAACCCCUACCUACUUUAAAAUGUGGUAGUGGGUCUUUCAUGUUAUGGGGCUAUUUUGCUUCUGCUGGUCCUGGGGGAUUCACACUUUCUGGCCUCAAGAUCAGCAUUAUUGCCAGUUGUCUUGUCCUGGUAGUUAAUAGAUCAAUUAAUGUCAGUAAUUGGCCAGAGAACUCACUCACCUGGUUUUCUAGGUCUGAAUCAGUCCCUGAUUAGCAGUGGUGGAAAAAGUACCCAAUUUUCAUACUUGAGUAAAAGUAAAGUGAAAGUCACCCAGUAAAAUACUACUUGAGUAAAAAUCCAAAAGUAUUUGGUUUGAAAUAUACUUAAGUAUCAAAAGUAAAUGUAAUUGCUAAAAUAUACUUAAGUAUCAAAAUUAAAGUAUAAAUAAUGUUUUAUUCCUUAUAUAAAGCAAAUCAGACGGCGUCAUUUUCCUCUUUUUUUAUGGACAGCCAGGGGCAUGCUCCAACACUCAGACAUAAUUUCCAUCAGAGGCAGUAGGGAUAUUCUCUUGAUAAGUGUGUGAAUUAGACAAUUUUCCUGUCCUGCUUUUGUGUUUCAGGGAAAAUGUAUGGAGUAAAAAGUACAUCAUUUUCUUUAGGAAUGUAGUGAAGUAAAAGUAAAAGUUGUAAAAAAUAUAAAUAGUAAAGUAAAGAUACCCAAAAACACUACUUAAGUAGUACUUUCAAGUAUUUUUACUUAAUUACUUUACACCACUGCUGAUUAGAAGGACAGUUACCCAUCUAUGAUGGGCUCCUGUGUGGCGCAGCGGUCUAAGGCACUGCAUCUCAGUGCUAGAGGUGUUACUACAGACCCUGGUUCGAUUCCAACUGGCUGUGAUUGGGUGGCGCACAAUUCGCCCAGUGUCAUCCGGGUUUGGCUGGGGUAGGCCGUCAUUGUAAAUAAGAAAUUGUUCUUAACUGUCUUGCCUAGUUAAAUAAAUAAAUGUGUGUCAUAAUCAGGAAUUUCCUGCUCUUGGUGUAAGUGAAUGUGCUGUAGGUUAACUCCCAGCCUGGAGUGCAUGCUUAGUCCAUGUUCUGUGUGUAAUGGCUCCUGCAUCAUGUGAGGUAGUUAGAUAAAGAUCAGACCUGAAAGAAUGGGCUCAGUUUGAGGCUUGGCCAACCCAUUUUGUUGUGGAUAUUAAGAGAGUAUGUUUGUCCUCCAUGACACCAUUGUGUUGUUUAUUUAUUUAGUAGGUUUUGCACUAAAGUACAGUUUGUUUCCUAGCUAACUAACUCCUCACUAUAGUGUGGACCUCAUAAUAGCGUAUACUGAAAGCAGUAGGAUGAAUCAUCCAGGAGGUAUCUGACAGUGCCGCAAACCUUUCCAUGACACCGUAAUACAAACAUUGGGGAAACCAAUUACUGUAUAGGCUGGAUGAAUGCUCCACAGAGAUCUUAAUCGGUUCUAGAAUUAUAUGAAUAGUAGCCAAUUUUAUGGGAUUUUACAUGUAUAUCUAUGAAAUGCCCAUCAUCAUCAUUAUAAUUUCAUAGCCCAGGCAAAAUUAACUUUGACAUUUACAUUUACAUUACAUUACAUUUAAGUCAUUUAGCAGACGCUCUUAUCCAGAGCGACUUACAAAUUGGUGCAUUCACCUUAUGAUAUCCAGUGGAACAACCACUUUACAA